UCAGUAAUAAAACCUAUGCCUCUAAUAGCCUCAGUAAUAAAACCUACCACUCUAAUAGCCUCAGUUAUAAAACCUACCCCUCUAAUAACCUCAGUAAUAAAACCUACCCCUCUAAUAGCCUCAGUAAUAAAAUCUACCCCUCUAAUAGCCUCAGUAAUAAAACCUUCCCCUCUAAUAACCUCAGUAAUAAAACCUUCCCCUCUAAUAGCCUCAGUUAUAAAACCUACCCCUCUAAUAACCUCAGUAAUAAAACUUACCACUCUAAUAACCUCAGUCAUAAAAUCUACCCCUCUAAUAGCCUCAGUAAUAAAACCUACCCCUCUAAUAACCUCAGUAAUAAAACCUUCCCCUCUAAUAGCCUCAGUUAUAAAAUCUACCCCUCUAAUAGCCUCAGUAAUAAAACUUACCACUCUAAUAACCCCAGUCAUAAAACCUACCACUCUAAUAGCCUCAGUUAUAAAACCUAUCCCUCUAAUAGCCUCAGUCAUAAAACUUACCACUCUAAUAACCUCAGUCAUAAAAUCUACCCCUCUAAUAGCCUCAGUCAUAAAAUCUACCCCUCUAAUAGCCUCAGUAAUAAAACCUACCACUCUAAUAACCUCAGUUAUAAAACCUACCCCUCUAAUAACCUCAGUAAUAAAACCUACCACUCUAAUAGCCCCAGUUAUAAAAUCUACCCCUCUAAUAGCCUCAGUUAUAAAACCUACCCCUCUAAUAGCCUGA